UGCUGUCAUUGCCACAGAGGCUCUUCUUGUUGCCACGAUGUUGUUACUCCUGGUCCAGUCGUGUAAUUGGGUUACGUUGAGGUGUAGCCGUCAAUUCUCCACUUUUCUGCAGUUCGGCUUACUUAACUCUUUCUCUCUAUUUGGGUGUCAUUGAAGAAGAAGAAGGAUGGUGAGCGCUGCACUUGUUCGUACCGUUAUCGGCAUUAUAGGGAAUGUGAUCUCUUUUGGCUUGUUUUUCUCACCAGCGCCAACAUUCUAUCGGAUAAUAAAGAAAAAGUCCGUGGAAGAGUUCAAACCCGAUCCAUAUAUAGCAACGGUUCUAAACUGUGCGUUUUGGGUGUUCUAUGGGCUUCCUUUCGUGCACCCUCACAGUGUUCUUGUGGUUACCAUCAAUGGCGUUGGCCUUGUCUUCGAGUUCGUCUAUCUCACCAUUUUUUACAUUUAUGCCACUAACAAAGGACGGAGGAAGGUACUGUUCCUUAUGGGAUCAGAGGUUUUGUUCUUUGCCGCUGUUGCUUUUAUAACGUUGCUGGUACUACAUGGCACUCACGAAAGAUCGUUAGUGGUUGGUGUACUGUGUGAUAUAUUUAAUAUCAUGAUGUAUGUCUCUCCUCUUACGAUCAUGACAAAGGUUAUAAAAACCAAGAGCGUGGAAUAUAUGCCAUUUUGGCUAUCUCUAACUAACUUUCUCAAUGGAGUGUGCUGGACAACAUACGCUCUCAUCCACCCUUUCGAUAUUUACGUCCUGGUAAGUAAUGGAAUUGGAGCAUUGUCUGGAUUGAUUCAGCUAAUACUAUAUGCUUGUUACUGCUCCUAUAAUAAUGGAGAGAAUAACGGUGAUGGUGAUGACAGUGUGUCAAUUAUAGUUGUUAAGGGAAAGAUUGAAUUAGUUUGAUACAUCAUUCGAUGAUGGCACCCUAACAACAUUCAAGUUUGGGAUUCCUAUGAUUUAGAUUUCUUGGAAUAGUAGUAGUGCGGUUAAUAGUGCUAUUUUUGUGGUUUAGGAAAUUGAGGAAUAUUUUUAUGAAUAUUUUUAGUUGCUGUUUGUCUACUUUGUUAUUUUUAA